GUGCGGGACUGCUUUGUUAAGGCCAGAGAGAAAAAUGCUAAGCGCUUCACAAAGAACUACUGCUUUUUUUUUUUUUUUUUUUUGGGGGGGGGGGGGCUACCUUUCAGAUCUGCAAAAGCAAGAGGAGCGUGGAGAGCUGCUGCAGCCAUUGAUCUUCAUCCUGCUGGUUUUGUGCUCUGUCCUGCUGUACUUUAAGGUGUCUCUCAUGGAUCCGGGUUUUGUUAAGUCUGAAGAGGAAGUAAAGGCAGGCAAGAGCGAAGAACAAAGCAUGCUGAUACCCCAAGUUGCAAGUGAUAUUAAGAUGCGGCAUUGUGGUUACUGCAUGGUGAAGCAACCAAUGCGAGCCAAGCACUGCCAGCUGUGCCAGCACUGCGUACGGCGUUAUGACCAUCACUGCCCCUGGAUUGAGAACUGUGUAGGAGAAAAGAAUCACCCCUUCUUCAUCGUCUACUUGAGCAUGCAGCUUGUAGUUCUGCUGUGGGGAGGUCACGUUGCUUGGUCAGGCCUCUACUUUGAGCAGUCCUGGGACUGGCUGCAGCACAACAUUUUCCUCCUCGUGUCCUUCCUCCUGAUAGUCAUAUUCACCAUUGUUGUCCUCCUGCUUCUUAUUUCACACCUGUAUCUGAUCUCAUGCAACACCACCACCUGGGAAUUUAUGUCACAUCAUCGCAUCUCCUACCUGCGACACUCUGAGUUGGAGAAUCCCUUUGACCAAGGGGUAGUCCUCAAUCUCUGGAGAUUCUUCUGUUCAUGCCACCUCACUGCAUGGGAGAAAAUCUAUUUUCACAGGAACAAUGAGCCCGUCUAGUCACAGUAGUACCUAUCUGCUAGAGUGCCAAUACAGCUGCAGGUUGCUGGGUGAAGCUUUGCUAAUGCAAUUGCUGCUGUUUCCUUGCACAGAACUUUACUACAUUGUGAACUACGCAACCUGUUCCACAGCCUGUUCAUCCUGCAAAUUACAUUUCAAGGAUAGUCAGGGUUAUUUUUU